CCUCUCCGAAACCAGUGUCCCUCUUCCCCUUCAGCACAAUCUCUCACACACUCUCCACCAACCACAGAAACACACACACACACAGAACCGUAGACACACACACACACACACAGAGAACCACGGACAGACACACACAGAGAACCACGGACACACACCAAGGAUGUCCAAACACUUACUCUCUCAGCUGGCCUCGUCCUUACUGCGAGCAUUCGGUUGCAGCCACGACACGAGCUCUGAGGCUGUUAUCCAAUGGCUGAGUGACUUUCAGCUGCAGGUCUACGCUCCAAACUUCAUCAGCGCCGGGUAUGACAUAGCCACCAUUAGCAGAAUGACCCCAGAGGAUCUCACGGCCAUCGGAGUGACCAAACCAGGCCACAGAAAGAAGAUGACAUCAGAGAUCAACAAACUCAUCGUCACCGAGUGGCUCCCUGACCAGAAACCUGCCAGCCUGGCAGAGUGGUUGUCAGCGAUAGGGCUGAGUCAGUACCAGCAGGUUCUGGUGCAGAACGGAUAUGAAAACAUUGACUUCAUCACAGACAUCACCUGGGAGGACCUGCAGGAGAUAGGCAUCAUGAAGCUGGGCCACCAGAAGAAGCUGAUGCUAGCUGUGAAGCGAUUGGCUGAGAUGCAGCGUGGCUCUGAGGGGCGGAGCUCCCCCAGGAAGAAGCCUCCACCAAUCACACAGCAGCAGGAAGUGAUGUCCAUAGAGAACAGGCCCCCUGACAACGAAGUCGUCACUUCUCCCAAGUUGUGCACCUUCCAGGACAGCGAGUUGAGCCCCGAGCUGCAGACAGCGCUGAUCCAGCCUAUCCCAGAGGUCAAGGGUCAGAGGACCCGCAGCCUCAGCAAGGACCCCGAGGAGGGAGUAGGGCCAGGGGGUAGAGGAGGAGGAGUGCCCCCUAAGAAGGAGGCUCGGACCAUGAGACAGACCAGCCAGGGGAGCCAGAGAGGCAGCGCCACAUCCAAACCUCGCCCACCCUCCCACGCCCACUCAAUGCCGGCACCCCCUUACACUCCCCCUCACACCCCCACCAAGAAACCCCUGCACUCCUCCACGUCCGCCCCGGGCCCCUCACCGCAGGCCAAACCCAAAUCCUCCCCACAGCUAAUACAACGAGAGAGGCCUGGUUCCCCCCGCUCUCACCCUCUGUCCAACGCACAUCGCGGGACUCACAACACCCAGACUCAGCCUGGUCCUCAGCCCCAGCCUGGUCCUCAGCCCCAGCCUGGUCCUCAGCCCCAGCCUGGUACUCAGCCCCAGCCUGGUACUCAGCCCCAGCCUGGUACUCAGCCCCAGCACCAACCCACACCUACUCCCCAAUCUCAGCCUACAGCCCACCCAACGGAGGAAGAGGAGAGGGAGAGGGAGAAAGAGAGGGGGAUUGAGAGGGAGAAAGAGAGGGGGAUUGAGAGGGAGAAAGAGAGGGGGAUUGAGAGGGAGAAAGAGAGGGGGAUUGAGAAGGAGAGCACCCUCCAGCCGCAGCCCAGCCCCCAGGUGUCUGUUCCCCUCCUAUGUCUGCCUCCGGAGGCUGAGGGGGGAGACGGGGGAGAGAUGGGUGAGGCGGGUGAGGCCCUCCUUAAGAAGCGAGCUAACAGUCUGAACCGCUACGCUGGGUCUGACGGAGAGGGGGAGGAGAGGGGGGGUGGAGGUGCAGGGGCGGGGACAGGAGUGGCCCCUCCAGGGAGGCUAUCAGGGGGCGGUACAGGUAAAUACGCCACGGUGACUCACCGGGUCAGCCGCAGCCACUCCGUACGCAACCAGGACAAGAACGUCAACCGCAGCCAAUCACAGUCCAUCGCCCUACGGCCCAAGAAGAAAGGCCCGCCCCCUCCGCCUCCCAAACGCUCCAGCUCAGCUAUCUCGAACUCCAACCUCGCCGACACACACACGCCGACACACACGCACGCGGCGGACGGGCUGCUGGGCGUGCCCUACAACCCCCAGCGACGGGCCAGCGACCUGGGUGUAUCCGUGGAGACGGUCGUCGUGGAUACGGGGAGCGCUGGCAGCGUGAGGAGCAUAGCGGCCAUGUUGGAAAUGUCCUCUAUUGGGGGCGGGGCCAAGGGCAUGGCUAUACAGAGAAACAUCCUGCAGCGGGAUGCGAUUGGUCUGGACGGGGAGGUGGUGAACCGUCGUAGAACCAUCAGUGGUCCUGUUACUGAGCUGGUCGCUGCAGCUAGGAGGGACAGACCGACCCCCGUACCCCUGUGUACCGCACCCCAACCCUCCCCUCUCCCUUCUACACCCCGGCUGCCUUCCUCCCCUCGCUCCCCCUCCUCCCCUCGCUCCCCCUCGUCUCCUCACCCCUCGUAUCCUCACACCCCUUCUUCCGGUAGUUCGGCCGAGAACCUUCCGUUUGCUGCUGAGAGGAAACAGACCGUGAAGAGGCAGAGAGGAGAGGGAGAGGAAGAAGGAGAAAUGGAGAGCGAUGGAGACGGUCUCCAUGGAGACGGCGUGUUCUCCCUUCCCCAGGAUGAGCUGUCCCGGGUCGACGCCACGGCAACCCUGAAACGGCGUCCCCGCUGCAACAAGCCUCACCACAACGGGUCGCGUUUCACCCUGACAGAGUCUUCCACCGUCAAGCGCCGUCCCAAGAGCAGAGACAAGGAGCCGGAGGGCUUCUCAGAGAGCGGCAUCGCAGACAUCACCGGGACCUCCAAGACAUGGGCCUCUAACACCGGGGCCUCUAACACCGGGGCCUCUAACACCGGGGCCUCUAACACCGGGGCCUCUAACACCGGGGCCUCUAACACCGGGGCCUCUAACACCGGGGCCUCUAACACCGGGGCCUCUAACACCGGGGCCUCUAACACCGGGGCCGUUCACACCGGGGCUGUUACCGGGCCGGAGCCGGGGCCAGCCGUACCGUACGAGAACGGCACCGCCACCGUUAAACGCCGGCCGGUGUAUGAGACGGGAGAAGCGGAGCCUAGUCCGAUCCAGGCGACGCCUCCUCUCAGGGACAGCUCAGACCUGGGAGGACAAGGGGUGGUGGCGGGGGGAGAAGGGGGAGGAGUGGUGACCCCUGUGAGGAAACCCAAACCCCCCGUCUCCCCAAAACCUGUCCUGGCUCAGAUGAGGAGACACUCCUCCUCUAGAAAAGUCCCCCUGCCUGGACCUGGCACCCCGGCAGCCCAGGUAUUGUCCUGCACUGGGAUUUACUAG